CCCCAGAGCCCAGGCCCUCACAGGGCCCCUGUCCGGGCCCAGAUCUGCUUCUUCAUUUUACAGUGCCCUGCUGCCAAGAUGCCUUCGCCGAGGACAGUGACCCCUGGGCUAGAGCCGGGAGGCUCCAAGCAUCCUGCCGAGCCUCAGACCCCCACUCAGGGCAGGCUCAGCGACCACACGGAUGAUUCCAUGAAGCUGGGCCUGGGCACCCUGAGGCAGGCUUUCCUGCGGAGAAGCCUGCGGGCUGGCACGCUGCCCACCAAGGAGGACGCUGGCCGGCCCCGGAGGAGCUCCCUGUUCCGGUCUUUACGGUACACCCAGGAGGAGCGCUCAGCCACCAGGCGGGCCCUGGUCGCCGGCACGCCAGAGGAGCCCUCAAGGGCCCCACCAGAUGCCCGCCAGCAGGCAUCCACUGGGGUUGGCCUGGAGGAGCCAGGAUCCCAAACAGAAGACAAAUCUGUGGCCGACCUCAUCACCCAGCGGGAACUGCGGGCUGCCUUCGAGCAGCUGCAGCGCCUGGAGAAGCAGCUGGAACACGAAAAAACCUUGGGCAGCUUCGGGCAGGACCCCACGGCCUACGCGCGGCGCGCCAUGGACCUGUGCUUGCACUAUGACGGCCUGGCAGCCGAGAUGUCCUCCAUCGUGAAGGAUACGCUGGGGCCCGAAGGGGUGGACGCGGCCACCCUGGGCGAGCUGGCACAUGUGGUAUGUGCCGAGGAACAGGCCCACCCGGAGCCCCCGCCCGAUGGCAACUUCCUGCUCACGCCCCGUCACUGGCGCAGCCACUGGGAGGACGCGGUGCAGCGCAGCGUCCGGGAGCGCGUGCAGGCCGCGGGUGUGGGGGCCACAUCAGGGCUGGCCCAGCUGCUGGCGGACCUCGGCAAUUUGGUCCGCCAGGACCUGCACAAGGUGCGGCUGGAGGUGCAACCCGCAUACGCGGCCGCUGGCCUUCCAGCAUGGGAGACCUACCUGCGAGCCUUCCAUGGGGCCGUGGCCCAGCGCCUGCAGGAGCUGGCGGGCCAUGCCCGUGGCGGCGAGCAGCUCUACCUGGUGCUGGACUGGGCGGCCAACGUCUAUGGCAGUCCCAACUUCCUGGAAACCCCGGACCUGGCAUUGCCCACUGAGCCGCUGCCCCCGCUCCUAGAGCCCCAGGUGUGGGCCGAACUGGAGAGCGACUACACCAACUUCCUGGAGAACAAGAUCACCAGCUGCUUUGACCGCAUCCUGGAGCUGGAGCAGAGCCAGUGGACGCCCACUGGUGCCCCCGAGGUCCUGCAAGGCCUGUACCACACGCAGUUGUCCAUCGAUGUCCACAUGCUCGUGGCGGAGCGUGUGAAGGCAAACAGCGCCAUCUCACCGCAGCUGGAGGCCACCACCCUGCAAAUUUGCGCGCGGGCACUCGGCUGCUUCCUUCGCAGGUUUGAGAAGGCCUUUCUGGAGUCGCCAGCCAUGCGGGAGCCGCAUCUGGGCGCCUACAUUAACGCCUGCGUGGAGAUAAGUGCGAACCUUCUGGCCAAGUUCCCAGGAGCCCUGGAGGAGCUCAGGCAGCCACUGGAGGCCAUCACGUGCAACUUGCAGGAACACCUGACCCAAGUCUUUCAGCAGGAUGUGCAGCUGCUCUUCAAGGCUGUGUGCACCAAAGACUGGCUGACCCAGGACACUCUGCAGCCCCUCAUGGACAGGGUGGUGGCCUUCGCUGGCCACCUUGAGCAUGUGGUCCCACCACAGUCGCAGGAAGUGCUGCAGGACAUCCACCGCCUGGUGGUCCGCGAGUACCUGGCCCAGGUGCUGAGGCCACGCGAGCGAUUCCGGGGCGGCGAACGUGUCAGUGCCUCCCAGAAGAUGAGUCUGGAUGCCCAGGCCAUCAGCGACACCUUCCGGGGCUUGGGCUCCCAGGCCGCAUGGCUGGACCAAGCCAUCCCGUGUGUGGCUGAAAUCAUGGGCGAGACCUAUAAGGACGACAUCCAGAGGCACCUGGACACCCUCAUCCAGUCCUACCCCGACAUCAGGCGGGAUCAUGUCCUGGCCAUCCUGGCAUUGCGCCGCCUGGGGUCCCGGCGUAACCACAGCCUGCUGCAACAUGCACAGAGCCUGCUGAGGGCCGCAGCCCAGGUGCCCCCGCGCCGCACGCUCUUCGACCAGAUCGAGGUGCCCACCUCCGUGGACGUGCUUAUCACCUGCCUCUAGUGUCCCGCC